AUGUUACGUACAUUGAAAAGACGAAAUUUUGCGGGUAAAAACGGGAUUUACGAUGUCAGGUGUCAUCGGCUGUCUGGGCCCACUAUUUUGGGUUUUUGGGUGUAUGUAGGGAAUGGGGUGGGUGCGCGGAGGGUUACUCUUCUAAUUAUAAGGAGGUUAGUAGGGAGUUAA